AUGGCACCCCGUCUCGCCCUCCGCGCCCUCCCCACCGCCCGCCACGCAACCAGGGCCCUCGCCACCAACGCCGCCACCAAGCUCGGCGCCAGGAACGCCCUCGUGUCCACCGCUGCUCCCCUCGUCAGCAGGGGCCCAAGCAGGCUCUUGGUCGACGGCCAGAGGCGGGCUGCUAGCAGUGAUGAGGGUGUUACCAUGAUGACUGUCCGAGAUGCGCUCAACUCUGCCAUGGAGGAGGAGAUGCUCAAGGACGAAUCCGUCUUUAUCAUUGGCGAGGAGGUCGCCAGGUACCAGGGUGCUUACAAGAUCACCAAGGGCUUGUUGGACAAGUUUGGAGAGGACCGAGUGAUUGACACUCCCAUCACUGAGAGUGGUUUCACUGGUAUGGCUGUCGGUGCCGCCCUUGCCGGUCUCAGGCCUAUCUGCGAGUUUAUGACCUGGAACUUUGCCAUGCAGUCUAUCGACCAGAUCGUCAACUCUGGUGGUAAGACCUACUACAUGUCUGGUGGUAACGUCCCCUGCCCUGUCGUCUUCCGUGGCCCCAACGGUGCCGCUGCCGGUGUCGGUGCCCAGCACUCUCAAGAUUUCUGCGCGUGGUACGGAUCUAUCCCUGGAUUGAAGGUCAUCUCUCCUUGGAGUGCCGCCGACUGUAGGGGUUUGUUGAAGGCUGCCAUUCGGGACCCCAACCCCGUUUGUUUCCUUGAGAACGAGAUGCUUUACGGUGUCCAGUUCCCCGUCACAAAAGCCGAGCUCGACGCCGACUUUGUCCUCCCCAUCGGCAAGGCCAAGAUCGAAAAGGCCGGUACCGACGUCACCGUCGUCGCCCACUCCAAGAUGGUCACCCACUCUCUUGAGGCUGCCGAGAUCUUGGAGAAGGAGCAGGGUAUCAAGGUGGAGGUCAUCAACCUCAGGAGCAUCAGGCCGUUGGACAUUGAGACUAUUAUCGCGAGUGUGAAGAAGACCAAGCACCUUGUGACCGUCGAGGGUGGUUUCCCUGCCUUCGGUGUCGGUUCCGAGAUCAUUGCCCAGGUCGUCGAGUCCACCGCCUUCGACUUCCUCGACGCUCCCCCCGAGCGAAUCACCGGUGCCGACGUCCCCACCCCCUACUCUGAAUCCCUCGAGCCCAUGGCUUUCCCCGACACCAACCUCAUCGCCAAGGUCCUCCAGCGACACCUCUACCGUCAAUAA